AUGCUGGAACCGGUGGAGGCGUCGUGGGACGGCGCCCGCGGAGAGGAGGAGUAUGAGGAGCAGCAGCUGGAGGAGGAGGAGGAGGAGGCAGCCAGCAGCGACGGAGAGGAGGUGGAGUCUGAUCUCCUCUUGGGCAUUCUGGACAGCUUGGACCCAGACAUGUUUCUGCACUACGGCAGCCCGGAGCAAGUGGAGGAGGAGGAGGAGUGUGCAGGAGACACAGGUCCCCUACCAACCUCUGCUGGCUUCCCUCUGGGGCCCUCACUGCCCAAGCUGGAAGCCAUUAAUGAACUGAUCCGUUUUGACCACGAGUACACCAAGCCCUUCCUCCUGCAGGUUCCCCCAGAGGGGGCCAGCCCACCCGGUAUGCCAGGGGCAGUGGAGGGUGAGAUCCUUUUCCGCGCGGAGACGGCCCUCCUCAGGGGACCCCCGGUGUCUGUGAAAGAAGAGCCCACAGACGUCCUUUUACCUGAGCUGGGGAUGUCACACCUGCUCUCCUCAGACCCCCAGCAGCAGCAGCAGUCCCCAAUGGAUGGCUCCAGCGACUCGGGUUACGAGGGCUCCCCCUCCCCCUUCAGUGACCUGGCCUCUCCCCUGGGCACAGACUACGUGUGGGACGAGGCCUUUGCCAAUGAACUCUUUCCUCAGCUCAUCAGUGUCUGAGUGCCUGUGGGCUCCUCUCCUGCCAAAAGUGCAAGGUUACUUUCCGGGAACAUUCCUCCUCAAAGUGUUUCAGCAUAACUUACAAGUAUUGGUCCCUUUUGUACCUGCCCGGUUUGUGCCUAUCUCCUUGUGAAAAACAGACUCGGUUAGGAGUGGAAAUCUGUGCUCCCAAGGGGUCUUUUUCAGUCAUGUAAAUAAACAUAAAAUUUGUCUGGGAUGUUUUGUCGAAGAAAAACAAAUGUUAAGUAGCUUGUUUUUCUGCUGUACAGUUACAAAUCUCUGCCAUUAAAUGCAACACCGAGCACUUC